AUGAGCAAGGCUUUACUUGCAUUCGUUUGGAUUGCUGGUCCUAUCACAGGUACCCUUGUGCAGCCGUAUAUCGGCAUCUGCAGCGACAAUUGCCGCAUAUCAUGGGGCAAGAGAAAGCCGUUCAUGGUAGUGGGCGGCAUUGCGACGGUCAUUUCUCUCCUUGCUCUCGCCUGGGUCAAGGAGAUGACCGGAGGCUUCCUUGGCCUUUUCGGUGUUGAUCCGGCCUCCAGUGCAACGCGGACAGUGGUCAUUGUACUGGCCACCAUCCUGAUGUACUGCCUUGACUUUUCUGUAAAUACUGUGCAGGCAGGCAUCCGGUGUUUCAUUGUGGAUAAUGCCCCUUCGCACCAGCAGGAGGCGGCCAAUGCAUGGGCUAGUCGGCUCACUGGCGUUGGUAACAUUCUUGGGUACAUUUUUGGAUACAUGGACCUGCCUAAAUGGUUCCCGUUUUUGGGAAACACACAGUUCAAAGUCCUCUGUGCAUUGGCGUCCGUCGCACUUGGGAUAACGUUGCUGGUCAGCUGUUUAUACAUUAAAGAACGCGAUCCCCGUCUAGAUGGCACGCCCUCAUCGGGGAACCCUGGGCUUGUGACAUUCUUCAAGCACGUCUUCAAGUCGAUCAAACACCUGCCGCCGGAGAUUGCCAAGGUGUGCGAAGUUCAACUUGCCGCGUGGGUGGGUUGGUUCCCUUUCCUUUUCUAUUCCACGACAUAUAUCGGGCAGCUCUUUGUGAAUCCGAUUUUCGAUGGACACCCGGGUCUCUCGGAUGAUGAUAUCAACAAAGCUUGGGAAGAAGCUACGAGAAUUGGGACAUUUGCGCUGCUGGUCUACGCAAUCAUCUCAUUUGUGACAAACUUAACGCUGCCUGUCCUUGUUGUUCCUACCUACAAGUCAGCUGUUCCUUCUGAGCCCACUCCUACGGAAGGUGAGUCGGAGGACGAGCCCUUCCUAGGCAACAGAAGGCUGUCUACAUCCUCAAUUAGCACUGCCAUGGAAGCACCCGCGCCCAUCUUGGGAAUCGAUAAGGGCGAUUCGGGAGAGAAUAAGUGGCUAGCGAAGUUGCAGAUCCCCGGAUUUACCCUUCGGCGUGCGUGGCUCAUGUCGCACAUCCUGUUCGCUGUCUGCAUGUUUAGCACAUUCUUCAUCUAUUCUUACCAGGCGGCAACGGUGGUUAUCGGGAUCGUUGGUAUAUCGUGGGCAUUGACGCUUUGGGCACCCUUUGCCCUAAUCUCUGCGGAGGUCUCCCGCAUUGACACGGAGCGUCGCAUCCGGCGGCAUCAGAAUGGGGGUGCAGUCUCCGAGCAGCCUCGCGAUGAUACGAGAACACCAGCCCGAGCCAAUACCGACGAGCAAGACCUGGAGAAUGGAUCACCCAAUUCAACUACAAAGGCAGGGGAAGUGGAAGAGGAAGAAAAUCUGGCACAGGCAGGGAUCAUCCUCGGACUGCACAAUGUGGCCAUCUCGGCGCCACAAAUCAUCUCGAGUCUGAUUUCUAGUGCGAUUUUCAAGGCGUUCCAGAAGCCUCGGGGGAGAGCUGUGGAUUCGGAUACGGACCCCGAUGAUGAUGCUCCGGAUACCGGCGAUAAGGAGUUCUUCAGCUCCUGGGCGCUCUUCAUCCUGAUUAUGUUAUUGAUGUUCGCGCUAUUCACGAGUUACAUUCUCCAACAGAAGAAGAUUCAGGCGGUUCAUGAAACAGUACUGUCUAUAUUUGCGGGCAUGUUCGUCGGAUUGAUCAUCCGGUUGAGUCCUGAGUCACCUAUUCAGGAUAGCGUCACUUUCGAUUAUCAAUUCUUCUUCAACCUUCUCCUUCCUCCGAUUAUUUUGGCGUCGGGCUACGAAUUACACCAGGCGAACUUCUUCCGAAACAUCGGUACCAUUCUCACCUUCGCAUUCGCGGGAACGUUUAUCUCUGCUAUCGUGUUGGGAUUGGUCUUGUUUGUCUGGACGAGAAUUCCGUUGGAUGGGUUGAAUAUUUCCUUCGUUGAGGCCAUCGCAGUCGGUGCGACUCUGUCGGCGACGGAUCCAGUCACCAUCUUGGCUAUCUUCAACUUGUACAAAGUCGAGCCGAAGCUCUACACGGUCAUUUUUGGCGAGUCGAUCUUGAACGAUGCCAUCGCUAUUGUGUUAUUCGAGACUGCGCAGAAGUACGCCGACAGUGAUGCGGGUUCCUUGACUUUCUUGAACUUGUUCGAGGCUAUUGGAGUGUUCUUGCUGGUUUUCUUUGGAAGUAUGAUGGUGGGUAUCAUCGUCGGUAUCAUGACUGCUCUGGGCUUGAAGUACACGCAUGUGCGCCGCCAGCCCAAGAUUGAGAGUUGCUUGAUUGUCCUUAUCGCCUAUGCCAGCUACUUCUUCUCGAAUGGUGUCUAUUUGUCUGGCAUUGUGUCUCUUCUGUUCUGUGGAAUCACCCUCAAACACUAUGCAUACUAUAACAUGUCGCGCCGUACCCAACUCACCACGAAAUACCUCUUCCAAGUGAUGGCGCAGUUGUCGGAGAACUUUAUCUUCAUCUAUCUCGGACUCGACUUGCUCGUCCAAAGACAUCUACAGUUCAAGCCUCUCUUUAUCCUGGUCGCCGUUUUCGGUAUCUGCAUUGCGCGUUACUUGGCGGUGUUCCCGCUGUCCAAGGCGAUCAACUGGUUCAUCCGCUACAGAGCCCGUCGCCGCGGCAUGGAUGUUGCUGACGAGCUGCCCUUCGCUUAUCAAGCAAUGCUUUUCUGGGCAGGUCUGCGCGGAGCUGUCGGUGUUGCGCUGGCCGCGGGCCUGAAGGGCGUCAACGCCCCAGCGCUGCGAGCCACUGUUCUCGUGGUGGUGGUGUUGACCGUCAUCAUUUUCGGUGGUACGACGGCCCGGAUGUUGGAGAUUCUGGGAAUCCGGACUGGAGUUGUCGAAGAGAUCGAGUCGGAUGAUGAGUUUGACAUCGAGGUCACCAACGGUGGCACCUACUACAAACGCUCUGAUACAGGCUUGGGAUACACGCCUCGCCGUAUGGACUCGACCAUUCCGUUGGACGGAGUGCCGCGCGGCGAUAUAGACCGGAACAACAGCUAUUCGAGCGGCAACAACCGUCGCCCCAGUCCUCCUCCAUCCGGCUCGGGCCGUACGCGAGGCCAUGCCCGGCUCUAUUCCAACGCAUACAGCCAGAGAGACUCAGGGCGUGAUCGUACGUCGACAGCCACGCUGCUGGGUGGUGCCGCCCGCAGCCACAGCGAUAGCGAUGUGGCCAGUGAGGACGAGUUUGGCUUGAGGACUACUGGAAAGAACCGUGUUGCAGACGCCGAUCAAUUGGACGCAUUUGACCUUGAUGUCGAGGAUGCGCCGUCCGAUGACGACCUUCCCCCGUCCGCCCCGGCGCCGACUACCUCGCGCCUCAGGCGAUCCCCGUCCCAGCCUCAACAAUAUUUGGAGCCGUCGCAGACCACACCCCCUAACAAUACCUCGCCCAACCGGCGCGAAACUGGACUGAGUGCUCGCGAUGCCAUUCGAGACCUCUUCUCGGGAGGACCGUCCGGGGACCACGCGGCGUGGUUCCGGCAGUUGGACGAAGAUUAUAUCAAGCCUCGACUUUUGUUAGAUCAGUCAAACCACAAGGGGCCUGGUGCUGUUUAG